AUGGAGGUGACCACUGUGUCCCCAUCUCCUGCAUCACCCACUGAAGGAGAUCAUCUCUGUGAGACAGAUGUCACCAGCGUGGCCAUACACAGUGUGACCCUGCUCAUCUGCCUCUGUGGGCUGGCUGGGAAUGGGGCUGCCAUCGGCCUCCUCAGCCUAAAAAUCUGUAACUAUCGCAUCUUUUACCUGGCUGUCAUUGACUUCCUCUUCCUCCUCUUUGCGGUCCCCUCCGCCCUCCUCAUCCUGGUGGAGGACGUGUCCUGCUCUCCUAUCCUGCCCGUGCUGUACCUGAGUUUCCUCUUCCAGCUGUCAGUGGUGUCCCUGUACUGGGGGCUGUACUGGCUGAUGCGCAGCAGUGAUGAGUGGUAUGUGUACAAGCUCUUCUGGCUCUGCUGCCGCUGGGAGCCUCCCGAGCGCCUGGUGUGGGUGGUGGACAUUGUCCAAUACUGGGCCUUCAUUGCUCUCUUCACUGUCAUGCCCACGGUGACAUUCCUGUGCCCAUCACACCAGCAGGAGCACUGCAGGGCAGCUCUCAUCUCCAUGUACUCCAUCAUCCUGCUCCUCCUGGCUGCACCCAUGCUCAUUUCCAGCACAGUCGAUUUCAUUAAGGCCAAGCGGGGCUCCCAGCAGCAGCAACUCAAGAGGCGUGACAUCGUUAUCUUCCUCAUUGGGCUCUUCAUGUUCCUCCUCACUAUCUGGUAUUUCCUGCAGCAGCUCGGUUAUAUUGUUGUGCACUCCCAGGUUGUUUUCCUUCUCGCCUGCAUCCACAGCAGCAUCAAACCCUUCAUCUACUUCUUGGCAGGGAGGUGCUGGAGGCCCUGCUCCAUAGGGUCCCUCCAGCUCUCCCUCCACCGGGUCUUUGAAGAGCCAGAAGAAAACACUGACCACAGCGAUGAUCCUGCCAUGGACACGGGGUCUAAGCCUGAUGAUCCCUACCACUGCUCUGCUGAAGGAUCCCAGGAAAGUGGCUGA